CUCGAGCGCGUCACCGGCAGGUAGGUGGGGUUUAACGGGGCUGAUUAUUUACGGUACUUUUUUGCAACAGCAGAGCUCUCCGGGAUGGCAUAAGAGAGUGGCUAUUACUACGGGAGGAGAAAACCUACCGAAUGAAAGACAGGUAGCGUCGUCCCCUCGGCGAUGGCACGACUAGAGUUGUUUUUGUUCACGGCUCUAGCUCGCAUUUCGUCUGGGAAUUCUGCUUCGUUUAUUGGCUAUUCCUGAUCCGUACUCCAACCGACACCUCCAAUUAUGGAUUGUACUGAAGUUCCACCUUUUGUAUUUUUGCGUCAAGACAAUCGGGCGAAAUAAGAGGAAACGAUCAAGGACUGCUGUGAGCUAUUAUCCAUUCAUAUCCGUUCUCCAUAUAUAGACAAGACUCGUUGAGAAAUGCAAGCGUGAACGGAUUUUGGUAGGCUAUUUUGUUUUAAUCCUCGGGUGCAAUAUUCAGGAUAUUCCAUUGGUUUACGCGUAAAGGACAUGGACACAAGGUGUUUUAGCUACCUGUAGUUAGAAUAGAUGCCUUCGUGUUGUCAAGUUUAGCUAUUAACGGCCUGAGAUGAUAUAACUGCAGUUUAGGUGAUUGCUUUGCUCUUUUAGGAAUAGUGCGCUAUAGUUAAGCCCUUUUUAUCAGCUGAUCAGCUUUAGGGUUUCAGAAAUACCCUUUUGUUCAUUUUGACAACAGAAAACUCAUUUUUUUAAAUUCAAAUGUAUUUCAUAUGAACGCAAGUAACCUAUUCUGAGCUGCUGUGUACAGUUGUAGGCUAUAACUUGGAAACAAAUCUCCCCACCUCACUGACAGUAGGAGUAGGGUUGCAGAGUUCUCUGUAACAGAACGACCAUAGCCAUGGCUCUGCCCGAUAACACCCCCAGCAUUCCUUUAGGGGAAGCAGUCAUCUUCCCUGAGAUCGUAGAGCUGAACGUGGGCGGCCAGGUGUACAUCACUCGCUACUCAACCCUCAUCAGCGUACCAGACUCUCUCCUGUGGGAGAUGUUUAGCAGGAAAUCCACCAAAGGUCUGGCGAGGGACACCAAGGGCCGUUUCUUCGUGGACCGGGAUGGUUUCCUGUUCCGGUAUAUUCUGGACUACAUGAGAGAUCAGCAGCUGGUUCUCCCUGACCACUUCCCAGAGCGGGGUCGCCUGCAGCGGGAGGCUGAGUUCUUCAACCUACCUGAGCUCAUAAAGAUCCUGGCGCCCAAACUCAGCAAGCAGAACUCGCUGGGCGACGAGGGGUGUCAGAGUGACCCGGAGGACUCCUCACCGGGCAUCGACACCGGGCGCAACCUGGCCUCGCUGGGCACCGCCGCCUGCGCCAGUCUGGUCCCCAGUGGAGACGGUAAACGCUCGGGAUUCAUCACCAUCGGUUAUCGCGGCUCCUAUACAUUGGGGCGCGACAGCCAGACCGACGCCAAGUUCAGACGUGUUGCUCGCAUUAUGGUCUGUGGCAAGACGUCGCUGGCUAAAGAGGUGUUUGGGGAGACGCUGAACGAGAGCCGGGACCCGGACCGACCCCCAGAGCGCUACACGUCACGCUACUACCUCAAAUUCACCUUCCUGGAGCAGGCCUUUGACAAGCUGGCAGACGCCGGGUUUCACAUGGUGGCCUGUAACUCCACGGGGACCUGCGCCUUCGCUCACGAGCAGACGGACGACAAGAUCUGGACCAGCUACACUGAAUAUGUGUUCUACCGUGAGUGAGGUCAUCAUCAGUCCUGGGUCCCCUUGCAUCUCUGGAUCCCCUCGUCUCCCUGUAUCCAGCCCUGGGUCCCCUCGUCUCCCUGUAUCCAGCCCUGGGUCCCCUCUUCUCCCUGUAUCCAGCCCUGGGUCCCCUCUUCUCCCUGUAUCCAGCCCUGGAUCCCCUCGUCUCCCUGUAUCCAGCCCUGGAUCCCCUCGUCUCCCUGUAUCCAGCCCUGGAUCCCCUCGUCUCCCUGUAUCCAGCCCUGGAUCCCCUCGUCUCCCUGGAUCCCCUCGUCUCCCUGGAUCCCCUCGUCUCCCUGUAUCCAGCCCUGGGCCCCCUUGCAUCCCUGGAUCCAUCAAUUAUUCCCUUGCCUCCUGGACCCCAGCCCCUGCCCCCCAGCCCCUGCCCCCUGGCUCUUUGGCCCCCUUAGUGCUUCCUAGCCCCCAGCCCUGGAUUCCUGCUUCAAGCACCCCUGGCCCCAAUCUCCAUGGGCCCUGGUCCCCUUCGUCAAGCCCCCCUGCCUCCAACCAGCCGUCCCCUCUCUCCAUAUUUCUUUCUCACCCAUCAGCUGUAAUCCUUACCACCUCUGCGGUCCCCUCUCCUGAUCCAGCUAUAACCCAACCAUUGCCCCAGCACCAUGCCUCAGAGACCUGACCACAGCCCCCCUAACCAUCCUACAGAGACUGCUCCCCCCACCCUCCAUGUACUGUCCGUCCUCUUGUAUAUAGUAUCUGCCUUGGUGAAGCACAAUGCUGUGUGUAAAGGAGCUUGUUUAGUCCAGUUCAGGUCCUGCCUGGUCUGUACCUUUAGCAGCCUGGAGGGGCCAAUUGGAAAAGGACCUAGAUUGAAGUACUAUUUUGUUCUGAAUCUCUCCAACAGACCCUCCUACUCCUCUGAACUAAAAUGGCCAAAUAAUGUGACAUCGAAGCAGCCUAGAGGGAGGGAGAGGGAGGGAAGGA